GUCUGGUGCUGAAAGCACACCUGUGUUCCCCUCACUCAGCUCUACCUGCGAUUUCCAAGCUUCCAACUACAAUACCCAGAACGCACCUCACCAUGACAUCACACACACUCCCGAUCACAUGGUACACCGCAUGACACCUCCAGGAAGCCCUGAGUAUUGAUUACCAUUCAGUAUAAAUAGACCACGCUCACUCUCACUCCUCGCUGAGUAAUUGUAUUGGUUCUACCCUGCAUUACAAAGCGUUUCCAUUGCCUGAUUGUUAUUUUCGUGUAUGAUCCUUUUCCGUGUUUUUCCGACUUGAUUUUUGCCUUGCCCGUGUAUUGGAUAUUCUGUGUAUGACCUGGACUGUUUCUCACUUGGAUUUCUGCCUACUCUGUGAUACUCCCUGCUCGUGUAUGAACUCUGGACUGUCUCCCGUUUAUGUCAUGAGGUCAGCACUGCAUUGUCUCCUGCUGUUCUCAGCUCUGUGGACUCUCUCCUUCUGUGGAACUCGUCAGUUUCAUGUGGUGAACACAGCAAAGAACUGGACUGAAGCUCAGAAAUACUGCAGAGAGAAAUUCACUGAUCUGGCAACCAUUCAGAACCAGGAGGAAGUGGAUGCUAUAAAAUCUGCUCUUAAUGGAGCAUCAGGUCAUUUCUGGAUCGGACUGAGACAGAAUCCUGAACAGAAGACCAUCAGAAGCUGGAUCUGGUCAGAUGGGAGUAACUUCUCAUACAGUAACUGGGUCCAUGGACAGCCAAACAACCAUGUGGGUGAUAACUGUGUGCAGUUACGGACUGAAUAUGGAUACGGAUGGGAUGAUGUAUUUUGUUAUUCACCAUUCCAAUUUAUCUGCUAUAAAGAGCAAGUCUCUGCUCUGGUCCUGAUUAAAGAGAAGAAGACGUGGUGGGAAGCUCUGAGAUACUGCAGAGAGAAUCAUGUGGACCUGGUCUCUGUUCACACUGAGGAAAUUCAGCGCUGGGUGGAGACUGUAGCUAGAAACGCCUCCACUGAUAAUGUGUGGGUGGGUCUGCGUCACACCUGUGCUCAGGGGUUCUGGUUCUGGGUGAGCGGGUCGACUAUCUGCUACCAGAACUGGGCUCCAGGGAACGGGACGGGAGUGGAGGACUGCAGAAAUGGAGAAAGAUCAGGAGCGGUUCAGUCUGGAAGUAAGCAGUGGAUCAGUCUGCUGGAGAACCAGACCCUCAACUUCAUCUGCACUGAAUCUGAUGAGUUCUGAGAAAGGAUUCAGAGACAACGCUAACAGAACUGGAUCUUUUUACUGUUUACUUUCAUUACUACAUCAUCAUUCUUUUGGGACAGAAGCAAUAUAGGGAUUAUGAUAAGAUUAAUUUAAUCAGGUGAUAUAUUGAGAAAUCUGUGUCCAGCACUACUAUAUGGAGUUACAUUUCACAAAUUCCUACAACUUUACUACAGUUUUAAACUACAACUACUACUUUAAAACUGUAAGCUUUAUGUUUACAGUCCCCAGAAGUGAAGGCAAAUUCUCUGGGCUCAGAGGGAUCUGGGAUGAACCACCAUACAAAGGGAAAAUGUGUAUUACAGUCUAAUAAAUCAGAGUCCCAGACCAUUUUGGAAGGAAUGGACGCUGUGAGCUCUGCAGUAAAAAUUAAAGGACCACCCAGAUUGUAAUGCAAAAAGUCCAAAAACCAGACCAAGCCAAGCAGGAGUCCAGUAAAGACAAGACAAGUCAAGACAAGACAACAAAAGACGAGACAAGCUAAAGUCAAGACAAGGCAAGUCAAGACAAGGCAAGUCAAGACAAGACAAUCCAAGCUAAAGUCAAGACAAGACAAUCCAAGCUAAAGUCAAGACAAAUCAAGACAAGACAAUCCAAAUCAAGUCAAGUCAAGCUAAAGUCAAGUCAAGACAAGAAAGGUCAAGACAAGAAAAGUCAAAACAAUUCAAUAUAAGACAAGUCAAGCUAAAGUCAAGACAAGACAUGUCAAGUCAAGACAAAACAAAGCUAAUGUCAAGACAAGACAAUUCAAAACAAGACAAGAGAAGACAAUUCAAGACAAGACAAGACAAUCCAAGCUAAAGUCAAGACAAAUCCAGUCAAGAAAAGACAAGCUAAAGUCAAGACAAGCUAAAGUCAAGACAAGUCAAGCUAAAGUCAAGACAAGUCAAGCUAAAGUCAAGAUGAAUCAAGUCAAGACAAGUCAAGUCAAGCUAAAGUCAAGACAAGACAAGACAAAUCAAAACUAAAGACAAGACAAUUCAAGACAAGCUAAAGUCAAGUCAAGCUAAAGUCAAGAUGAAUCAAGUCAAGACAAGUCAAGCUAAAGUCAAGACAAGACAAUCCAAAACAAGACAGGAGAAGAGAAGACAAGUCAAGACAAGACAAGCUAAAGUCAAGACAAGACAUGUCAAGUCAAGACAAAUCAAAGCUAAAGUCAAGACAAGACAAUUCAAGACAAGCUAAAGUCAAGACAAGUCAAGCUAAAGUCAAGACGAAUCAAGUCAAGACAAGUCAAGUCAAGCUAAAUUCAAGACAAGACAAGACAAAUCAAAACUAAAGACAAGACAAUUCAAGACAAGCUAAAGUCAAGUCAAGCUAAAGUCAAGACGAAUCAAGUCAAGACAAGCCAAGCUAAAGUCAAGACAAGAAAAUCCAAAACAAGACAGGAGAAGAGAAGACAAGUCAAGACAAGACAAGCUAAAGUCAAGACAAAUCCAGUCAAGACAAGACAAGUAAAGUCUAGCUAAAGUCAAGACAAGACAAGAAAAGUCAAAACAAAACAAGACGAGCUAAAAUCAAGACAAAUCAAGUCAAGCUAACGUCAAGGCAAGACAAGACAAUCCGAGCUAAAGUCAAUACAAAUACGUGUUAUUUGUAAAGUCAAUACAAAUAACACGUAAAAACACAUCACUCUGUUUCUUUAGUGUCAGUUCAUGUUUUAAGUGUUGAGAAAUGAAACGUAAAUUACAAUGUACUAAACGCUCUACUGCCCAACUGUUUUUGGAAUGUGUUGCAGAUGUGCAAAUAAAACGUGAAAUAUUUUGAAAUAUCACAGAGUCUGUAGUGAAAUAAAUCUUAAUAUAAAAGAAAGAAGCACCUUUUUGCAUUUUCCAUAUUGUAUCAUAAUGUUUAGCAUGUUUAGAUUUUUCUUGUUCUGCCACAGGUCUUUACUAGAACUGUGUCUGUGGUUCUUCCAUUUCCUCACUCUGUUCCUCAGAGUGGAAACAGCAGCUGAAAUCUCUGAGAUUAUUGAGCUUUUUGUUUCCUUCCUCUAAACCUCUAACCUCUAAAAACUUGCUAUUGUGUAUGCAGGUGAAGGGUCAAUAAGCUUACCAACAAAUUUUGUGCUAAAGGUAUUUCAAUCAAUAAAACAACAACUGUAUAAAAUAUUAUCAGAGUGUGAGUAUCGAAUGACUCCGGCAGAUCUGAAUAAAACAGUCUAACUAAAGUAAUAGAGCCAGAAGGUAACAUAGACAUGGAGACACCCUGAAACACCGGCAUCCACCCACUCCACCAUCCACAAACCUGCAGUGCCGGAUAAGGCGCACCUAAAAUCCUUUACAUUUCUAAAAAAAUCUACAGUGCGCCUACGUAUGAAUUCUUCCAGUCAGGUAUCAUGGAGGAGUAAAGCCACUCCGCUGAAGUUUGGUGAAGUUUCUUCAGCACUAAGGCUGGGUGCAGCAGCAUUAGCAUUAGCAUUAGCCGCUAACUGCAGCGCUAGCUCUUUCAACGUUUAGAGGUGGCAGCGCCACUGUCCCAACGUGCCUCAAGUCCACCACCAUCGUCCCCGUGCCGAAGAAGUCCACAGUGUCCUGCCUCGUCCCAAUCGCUCCACGACUAGAUUCUGCAACAGCUUCUACCCCCAAGCCAUCAGACUCCUCAACUGCAGAGACUGCACUGAUGGUUUUUCUGUACAUGCACACACACUCUUACCCCACUUACCCCAGAAAAUGGAUAGCACUAAAAAUCCUACUACCUCACUGGACUCUAUUGCACACUGUGUAAUAGAGGUAAUUACUACCUCACUGGUCUUUUUGCACACUGCAUAAUUUGCACACUGUCUUGUUAUUUAUUAUUCUUUGUCUGUAUUGUGUUGUAUUGUCUGUCUGCACUUUUGUACUGUUGCACUUAUUGUUGUGUCUACACUGUGUUUAUGUGCACCAUGGUCCCUGGAGGAACGUUGUUUCGUUUCAUUGUGUACUUUCAUUGUGUAUAGCUGAAAUGACAAUAAAAAACACUUUGACUUUGA